GUCAGUCCGGGAAGGCGCACCGAUGAGGGAGCACGCGUCGCGCUCUCCGGUCGACACGACGAACGCGCGCUCGCGAGUGUCUACCACUACUGUCGAGUUUAUUUGAGAACUUUGUUUUAUUUUAAUUAGUGGCUUGUGAACAUGAGGUGUUUAGUGGUGUUGUUGUUGUUGGCGGGCUGUGCGAGCCAGUCGGCCUCCGCCGGCGUGCCCUGCGCCCUGUCCCUGGAGUUCUUCGGCAGGCACAACGUAACAGCUGAUGAUAACGAUGUACCAGGUCAAAUAUGCGGCGGGCAGUGUUGCGGCAGGGGGCGCGAGUUGCAGGUGCAGACCGCACUGCGACGCGCUGCCGAGGCCAGCACCACUGGGCCUAUACUGAGGACUGAGAACCUGCUGCUCAAUACAAAGCGAUCUUUACAAGAUCACCUCAUGGGAUUAUCGCAUCUGUCACAGAACAAGACAGCUACGCUGUUCACGCAGCUGUACCGAGGACACGCGACGCGGACGGUCCAGCCUCUAGCGAAUCUUUAUGACGACAUCAGAUUAAUUUUGCGAUCCGAAGGGGAUCUCUCAACUGAAGGUCUCAGCGCUGGACCACCGAAGGACUUGACCGUUACUACGAAGAAGUUCUUUAGAGACCUGUUCCCUGUGGCUUAUCACAAUGUGCUCAAGCUGGACGUCAAGCAGUUCACGCCUGAUUACGAAAUAUGCCUCAAGGACGCAUAUGAUACAGUCCAGCCAUUCGGAGACGUGCCGCAGCAGCUUGGUACGUCGUUAUCUCGGUCGCUGGAGGCGGCUCGAGCGCUGCUGCAAAUGUUAGCAGUGGGAGCUGAUACGCUGUCGGCUACUGAGCGCGUGCUGGCCAGCGGUGCUGAUAACUGCGCUGAAAGACUGUUGCGGACCGGCGGCUGCUCGCGCUGUCACGGUCAUGAAGCCAGGCCUUGCAGAAACUACUGCCUCAAUGUGGCCAGAGGGUGCAUCGGUUCUCUACUGUCGGAGCUGGACGGUCCCUGGGCAGGCUACGUGGAAGGCGUGGAGAGACUCACCAAGGUGGACGCAGACGUCGCCCUCAGGGAACUAGAGACGAAGGUCUCCAAAGCCAUCAUGUACGCGCUCGAAAACAGGGCUGUCUCAGAAAAUAAGGUCCGUCAGGAAUGUGGUCCUCCAGCCACAAUGGAAAAGCCUGGUACAUCUUCAGCCUUACCCACAGCUGGUCCAAUCCGUCGUGACAACCUUCGAGCGCCACCACCAGACACUGAACUCCUGCAGUUCGCUGCCACCCUGGCAUCCACUAAGAAACUGUUCGCUGGACUCUCAGAUAGGAUUUGUGAUGAACCAGAUUUUGCUGCUGAUGAUAAUGAGAAGUGUUGGAAUGGGAACGCUGUUGCAGAUUACACAAAACCAGUGGUAGCGUCCGCCUCACUGAGUGACCAGAAAUACAACCCGGAGAUCAGCGGCAGUCCGCCACAGGACUCGAGAGUCGCCAGCUUAGGAGACAGACUGCAGCAAGCUAGACAGUUGCUAGUAUCAUAUUCCCGCACCAAGGAGCUCUCUGCGGAGGCCUUCAUGCAAGGAGACGAAGCAGGAGAGGAAGGGUCAGGAUCUGGUCGCAGCUAUCCUGAUGACUACGACUCUGAAGGAUCGGGAGAUGACGGCUCCGGUGACCAUGACGGACAAAGUAGACCGGAUCUGCACGAGUCCCCUCCGGACUCUUCAACACCGAAGGUCUUCAACGGCGCUAGUCCUCGACACAGCGCGUCCCUACUGGUACCGCUACUGUGCGCACUGGUCGCAUCCAUCGCACGACUCACCUAGGCCUCGUCGCAGCGCACGUAAGAAUAACCAUAUCAUUUUGUGUGACGUCAUGAGUGAUCGUGUGUUUGACUGCCGCGCACGGAGCUCGGCCUCUCGUGCUGUCUCGCUCACACGUACGAGCGAGCCCGCUGUGCGAGUGCGAGGAACAUAGUGUAGUGACGCAAUAAAAGACACGUGAGUGAUGCGUAGUGCGAGCGUUCGUUGUAGCUAGUCCUGAACUACGGUAGUACCCGUCGCCAGAUUUCCGCGUAUUUACAAAGAUGUUUGAUAAGAUUUUAUAAUGAAAUCUCGUAACGAUGCACGCGACAUCUCGUUGCAUAUAAGGUAUUUUAACGUUUGUAAAUGUACAGUGCAUAUCCCAGUUAAUGUACAGUGCAUAUCGAUGUUGUCUUCAUUUUGUAAAUAUUUUUUUGAAGAUUCUUCUUAGACUUAGGUGAAAAUAUACAUUGUAAUGGAAGCUCUGCAUUUAAAAAUUUCGACGUGAAAUUGUGAAGUUUAUUGUCAUAAUAAUUAAUAAAUUAUUUGAAAGUCUUUAAUCAUUGUUGAACACUAGCUGAUUGGCAAUAAUUUUAUUAAGAAAAUGUAUAACGAUUAGAAGCGAGUGAGAACUCUUUAAUAAGGAUUCUGUGUACAGAUUGUGUAAAUACCUGAAAUCCUACUGGUCUAGGUGCUUAGCUAGUAAAUAUAUUUCGUUGCCAUAUUAAUAUUACGGAUAUUAUUAUUUAUAAUAUUAAUUAAGUCAUAAUUUAAACUAAUAUUAUGUUAUGUGAUACUGAUUAGUUGAUAAGUUGGUGCACUCGAUGCACUGUAUUGUUUAUAUACGGUUUGUUCGAGCAUUAUAUAGCUGAUUAAGUAUUUAAAUCCAACAUCUAAAUGCAAAUACAAAGUUCCAACAUAACAAAGUUUAAACGAUAUUAUUAUAAAUAGCUGUACGUUUGUUGUGUAUACAUUGUUUACUGCAGGCCUAAAUACCCGUGUUUAUUCUGUCUACAAAUAUAUAAUUUCUAUAUAAUACACAAGUAAAUGUAGGAUCAAACAAAAUGACAAGAUGAGAAAAUAUAAAAUAAAAAUAUAAGUUAUAUUGUAGCAAUAAACUACGUUUGUAAAUUGCUUUAAAGAUUAGUGAAUAUAUAAAGUGUUGCGGUCAUGUAAUGGCUGCGGUCUGUAUGUAUCGUAGAUAAUAUGGAGAGUUAUGUGAGGACCAUUUGGAAUGUACGGACAUGUCGCUACUCGCUACCGCCGUAAUACAGUAACCAGUUGCAUAGCUAUAGGCAUUGCUGUUUAAUGACUUGCGAAAUUUCUAACGUCAUUAAGAUUUGACACAAAUUGUCAAGUUUCUAAAAUAAAUUUAGUUGGAAAUCAAAACCACUACCCCUAUGUCUAUGGCUCUAGUUUCAAAUUUAUUGUCUUAUUUUCUAUAUCAUAUUAUAUUAAACAAGUAAAUGUGCUUCUACAUGUAUAAACUGUAAAGAAAUAUUGAUUUUAAUCAUUUUUAGUGCAGUGGACCUGAAAUUAAACAUUGAACGAUAUAUGUACAUCACUAAUCCGACAAAUAACAACUAUCAAAGACAGUUGACAUAAGAGACGUUUGAUUCUAUUUUCGAAAAUGAAAUUUUAAUUUAUUAUUGUUAUUCGAUUUGGAUAGUACGAUAUUAUUAUGGUCGACUGUACCAAAAAUAAUGACAAUGCCCAAGAAUAUGGUCUAAAAAUUAAAUUUGUAAAAUUACAUAAAUCUUCUGACUGUCUGCUACGUUCUAGAAGUAUUUUUGUAACAUAAGAAAUUCUCAAAAACACGUGACAUAUACAUAUAGCGAGCCUCAAAAAAAUGGUAUUCACAAGUCAUUUAGCAAUAACCCUGUGUAUUAAGUUUGAAGGAGGUUGUCCAAGAAGUUUUCGCGUUUGAUCCGAACUCCGGCCCCUUGACCGAGAAACUCGAGUAUGUUGAUCAGUUUCAAGUGUCGUUUUAGGAAAUUGCGCUCUUCGGGAUAACGGGGAAAAAGUUCACAACCUUGACCGAUAUUAUCGAGAACAAAUUACAAAUAACAACAACUAAGUUGGUGUUAUUGUCUUGUUUUUAAUAGAUUUUUUUUUAUCCCAAGAUAAAAGACAAAAUAUUUAGUCACUUAAAAAAGGAACGUAUAUAUUCUUCUAUUCGAUUAAAGCGCAAAAGUAAAUGUUGAUACGCAAAAGAAGAUUGUUCAUCUUAUCACAUCUCAACCUUUCAAAGUACGUAGCGUUUAUUGUAAAGAGAGGCGCAUAGUACGCGCGUACUACGCGGCUCGGAAUUACAUAAACCAUACAACGUAUCGCUUUUAUAAAGGCGGAACAAAGUGUAGCGACAUGAAACCGAAAACUCAAUGUAAAUAUUGUUGGAGAGUAUAUAGAGUGGAGUCGAGACAAUUGCUGUUAUAUCUGAGUAUAUAAUAUGGAAAUAAAUUCUGUACUAUA